GGAAAACACAGAACAGCGGUUUCCUUCUCAAACUUUCGAUAUUUUUAGGUAGAAGAAGAGGAAGAUGACAUCGGAUGAUGCUAAAGCGAUGAAGAAAGAGGAGGAGGAUGAAGACAACAAGAGCUUGGGUUCCUUGGUUAGGAAGAAGCCGUCCACAAACGCUAACAAUGCUGGUUCUUCAGCAGCUUCGAGGAGAUUGAAGAAGGAGGACAAUGAUGAUGAUGAUGAUAACAAACCUAUCAAAUCAUCUUCAUCUUCUGGGUCUCGCGCAAAGGCAGUUAAGAAGAAGGAGAUUGAUGAAGACGACGACGAUGAGAAGCCUCUUUCCAAGAGGAAUUCCUCUGUUAGCGUCUCAAAGGAGAAAGAGUUGAAGAAGAAGAAGAUGGAGAAAGAGAAAGAAGAAGAGGCAAAGAAGAAGACAGGGAAAGAAGAAGGAGAAGUGAAGAAGAAGAGGGAGAAGAAAGUAUAUGAUUUGCCUGGUCAGAAGAGAGACCAACCUGAGGAGAGAGAUCCACUUAGGAUUUUCUAUGAGUCACUCCACAAGCAAGUUCCAACUAGCGAAAUGGCUAAGAUUUGGUUGAUGGAGUCAGGGCUGCUUCCAGCUGCAGAGGCAAAGAAAGUGCUUGAGAAGAAGUUGCAAAAGACUGGAAAGUUCAGUUCUCCAACAAAAUCUGCAGCUUCCACCCCAAGAACCAGCUCCAAGUCAGUGACCGAAAAGAAGGAAGUUAAAAAACCAUCAGCAUCUGAAGGUUUGUCAGGCAAAAAGAAAGGAAAUGAUUCGAAACCAACCACUAAGAAGCGAAAGAAGGAUUCUGAUGAUGAUGAUGAAUCUGAUGAUGAUGAUUUCGUGGUUAGCAGACUCUCUAAUAAGAAGGCAAGAGCCAACUAGUUGGAAUUUUAAAAAGUCAGAAAUCUCAGUUGUGUGAUUUGAAACUAUCUAAUUGUGUUUCAGGACUUACUUUGUAGAACCCUUUAGAAUCGAAUUCUGUAAGAGUAAUUGCAGAGAUUGUUUCUAAUCUCUUUAACUGACUAAAUCUUCAAGUUUUUUCUCUUUCACAAUUAGUAACUCUAAUUAUUUUAUUUCAGCCGUAUUAGAAAGAUUGUGAGUUAAUCAAAACCUUCAU